CGACUACUUUCAGAGCCGUCUGAUUAGCCUGUCUCGUUUCUUGAGCUGGAAGAUCUGCCAGCUCGACAACUCCACUCGCUCGUGUGCAUCCCGAAUUCGACAUCAUAUGUCCGCAUGCACGGCAUGGCCUCACUGACGAUGUCGUGUUUCUGCGCGGCCUCCUCACCUCCGCCAGAGUCCUCGCUCGUAGACACCCUCCCCCUCCCAAGGACCACCCCCAGCAGCACCAUCACCAUGUACGCCUUCGCCCUCGUCAACCUCCUCCUCGCCGCAUCGGCCAUUGCCAUUCCCACGUCCGCCGAGCGCCGCACCAUGCGUGAUGCCAAGCGUGCUUCCGGCCGCUCGUCGCAGCCAUUGAUGUCAAUUGAGCAGGCUGCUGCCGACGUUGUAAAAACUGGUGGGCAGACGCAAGAGACGUACUCCACAAACUGGGCUGGUGCUAUCUGGAGCAAGCCUGCUAACACCAUCACCGCUGUGACUGGUACCUUCACAGUCCCCACCGCAUCGGGCUCUGGUUCUGCAUCUGCCUGGGUCGGCAUCGACGGUGCCUCGUGCAGCAGCGCCAUCCUCCAGACCGGUGUUGACUUCAACUCCGACGGCUCUUACGACUCCUGGUACGAGUGGUUCCCCGCCGGCGCCGUGGACUUCGACGGCCUGACCAUCAACUCGGGCGACGUCAUCAAGCUGACCGUCACCGCCACGUCGACCACCGCCGGCAGCGCGGUGAUCGAGAACACGACGUCGGGCCAGAAGGUCAACCAGGCCCUCACGUCCUCGUCCGCUCUCUGCGAGCAGGACGCGGAGUGGAUUGUGGAGGACUUCGAGGAGAACGGCGGCCUCGUUCCGUUCGCCAACUUCGGCACCGUCACCUUCUCGGACGCGUCCGCGACCACGCCCUCUGGCUCGCUCUCGCCCGCUGGCGCUUCCAUCAGCGACAUUCAACAGAACGGCCAGACUCUUACCCAGACCACUAUCAGCGGCAACGACGUCACAAUUAAGCACACUUAAGUGACGAUGAUCGUGGCCAUUUUUAUAUAGUAUAGCACUGGAUGCUGUACGAGGGCAUCAUAGUUGUGUUAUUAUCGUGUAUUUAACGGAUGUAACGUGUUCACGAAAUCUAUCACUUGGAC